CACCGCACCACGCUCCCGAGUUCCCGAGCACUCGUUGACGCGAUUCCCUCAGCCUCGGCUCGACCACAGUUAUAUUUUAUUCUCGCCGCAGCAGCUGUGUGCCUACUCUGCCACCAACUGCCAACAGAGAAAGAGAGAGUUACGAGCAUCACGGUCCGGCUUCGUCUUCCGCUACUUCAAGUUCGAGUACCGCGGAGUAUAGGUCGCGAUCUGCUCCGGUGGACACGGAACGCCGCGUUUACACGCUCGCGACUUGCAACGUGCUGCGAAAUAAAAAAUCGGAUUCUCCGUCCCCGCGGAUUUAAUGUGUAACGACGACGCGCCGCGAGAUGAAGCUCACACGGCACUGUCUGGGCAACAUCAACAAGAUGUUGGACUUUUAUUCGCAGUUCAACCCCUCGCCGCUCUCGAUAAAACAGUUCAUCGAUUUCGGUCUGAGCGCCUGCGAAAGAAAGUCCUUCAUAUUCCUGCGGAAGGAACUGCCGGUACGACUCGCGAACAUCAUGAAGGAGAUCCAUCUGUUGCCGGACAACUUACUGAAGAUGCCUAGUGUGGGUAUUGUGAAUAAUUUAUAUGCCACUUCCUUCGACGAAAUAAUAGACUUCGAGAAAGCCGUUGUCAACUCAACCACUUUAGACAAAUUCUGCCAGGCUCUGAUCAAGAUCCGGAACAGACACACCGACGUCGUUCAGACGAUGGCGCAGGGCGUUCUGGAGCUGAAGGAAUCGCACGACGUGGACGUGCAAACCGAGAACAGCAUUCAAUAUUUCCUAGACAGAUUCUUUAUGUCUCGCAUUUCUAUUCGUAUGCUUAUCAAUCAACAUACGCUACUUUUCGGUGGACAAUUGAACGGCCACAGCAGACACGUGGGUUGUAUAGACCCGUCCUGUGACGUGAUGGGCGUUAUUAAGGACGCUUACGAGAACGCACGGUUUUUGUGCGAUCAAUAUUAUUUGGCUAGUCCGGAAUUGAUAGUCAGGCAACAUAAUGGCAAGUCUACAUGUUUAUUGUUCUCUAGUGACUCUAAGUAUGAACGUAGCAGUGAGAUUAGAAUCAUGUAUGUGCCGAGUCACUUGUAUCACAUGCUGUUCGAGAUUUUCAAGAACAGCAUGCGAGCCGUGAUGGAACAUCACGGAUCCGAAUCGGAUAAUUAUCCACCGCUUGAGGUUUUGCUGGUGCGCGGCAAAGAAGAUAUUUGCGUGAAGAUAUCUGACAGAGGUGGCGGCAUACCUCGUUCACAAACGGACCAUUUAUUUAAGUACAUGUACAGCACCGCUCCGCAACCGAGCAAAUCCGAUGCUCACACCGUACCUCUUGCGGGAUACGGAUACGGUCUCCCGUUGUCACGGCUGUAUGCCAGGUAUCUCCACGGCGAUAUUGUGUUGCUUAGUUGCGAAGGCUACGGGACCGACGCUAUUAUUUAUCUGAAGGCGUUGUCCACUGAAGCGAACGAGCUGUUGCCAAUAUUCAACAAGACUUCGUCCAAAUUUUAUCGAACGCCGGUGCCUACUGCGGAUUGGAGCAGUCAGUGUGGCGGAGGUAUGGCAACGAGACAACUCAGUAUGAGUCACGCUCAAGGACACAGGUUACCCCACGGGAUGGAAAUCACUCAUUUAUAGCAGAAUGCGAUCAAUGAGGAUCAGGAUACGAUCGGGUGAAUAAUGGAGCGCCAUAUAUAUCCGUCAGUUUUUCUGUUCGCGUGCUGACGUACUUUAUUACUCGGUCAUUUUUUGUUUGUUUUUUUUUUUUUUUUUUUUUUUUGAGAGAGACUUCAGCGGAUGUAUACUGUAACGCGUAUUAUCGCUUAUUGCGUUAUAAAUCUUUGCAAUUUGAAACGUCGAGAAAUUGUCGCGCUACAAAGUUUAUAGAAUAUAAGGAGGCAGAAAAAUCUUCUGUAACUGCGUCACGAAGGAUUGUUUUUAACAAAACACCAGCCAGAUCAGCUCACGAACAACUAUACUAGGAAAAAUAAUUCUCCAUAAAUAUGAGAAGAAACAACUUUUUAGAUAUUAGGCAGAGAUAAAAUUCUGCAUUGGCCAAAAGUAAUAUUGAUAAUCUUUCUGUGCCGUAAUUGCAUUACAUAUCAAAAUAAUAUUCUAUGUUAACAUAGAGAUACCAUCUCUUUCUUAACAAUUAUUGUUUUCCAUAUAUUUUCUGUGACACUAUAGGUUUGUUUUGGGCGCUCGCGCGCUUUUAGCGUCAGACUAUCUCUGUUCUGCAUUUAAAAGGCAACAAAGACGAACUGACGCUUAAAGCGUGUAAGCGCCCAAAGUGAACGCACUCUAUAUAGUAUAUUUAGAUACUAUGUACAAUAUAGAAUAUCGGAGUCUCAUUUUUAGCGAGAAUAUUUUUACAAGGUUUACAAUUUAUUAAAAAAAAAAAAAAAAAA